UGGCAAUUCUGUUUUGCAAAAUUUCAGGCAUCUAUUAAACAAUUAAAAUGGCUGCCAAAACACCUUCUGAUGAGCGAAAGAUGCUCAAUGGCCAAGGAUCUGUAAAGGUCAUCAGCACCGCUCACACCAAUGGAUCCGCUACAGGAAACGCUGCGGAGCAGUCUGGUGAAGAUUCGGAUGAUGAUCCAGAUCAACAUACUAUUGAAGUCGCGGCUGCCACCGGUGAGGGUGGUGACAUGAAGAAGCCGAAGAAUAAAAAAAAGAAGAACAAGAGGAAGAAGAAGGCUGUUCAAACGGAUCCUCCAUCGAUCCUUGUAUCGAAAUUAUUCCCAAACAAUAACUAUCCAAAGGGCGAAGAGGUCGAAUAUAAAGAUGAGAAUUUGUAUCGCACUACUUACGAAGAAAAGCGUCAUUUAGAUAACAUUAACAACGACUUCCUCUCUGAUUACCGCCAGGCAGCCGAAACGCAUCGCCAGGUCCGCCAAUGGGCGCAAAAGAAUAUUAAGCCCGGCCAGAGCCUCACUGAAAUUGCCAACGGCAUUGAAGAUAGCGUUCGGCGACUCUUGGGGCAUGACGGCUUAACUGAAGGGGAUUCGAUUAUUGCCGGCAUGGGUUUCCCGACCGGCGUGAAUAUCGAUGAGAUUGCGGCUCAUUUUAGUCCAAAUGCAGGUGAUAAGACUGUGCUUGGGCAAAAUAACGUGUUAAAAGUUGAUAUUGGCGUGCAUGUCAACGGUCGCAUUGUCGACAGCGCCUUUACAAUGGCGUUUGAUCAUAAAUAUGAUAACCUUCUUGCAGCUGUGAAAGACGCUACGAAUACUGGCGUCCGCGAGGCAGGAAUUGAUGUUCGUCUUGGCGAGAUAGGUGGUUAUGUCCAAGAAACCAUGGAAAGUUACGAAUGUGAGAUUGACGGUACGACUUAUCCGAUUAAAUCGAUUCGCAAUAUAGGAGGCCACAGCAUCUUACCAUAUCGCAUCCAUGGUACCAAAAGCAUCCCGGCUGUAAAAUCGGACGACAUUACCAAGAUGGAAGAGGGUGAUAUCUUUGCCAUCGAGACUUUUGGUAGUACUGGUAAUGGCUGGGUAUACGACCAUGGAGACGUCUCUCAUUACGCUCUCCGCAGCGAUGCACCAAAGGUAGACUUACGUCUCUCUUCGGCCAAGUCACUCUUGAAUGUUAUCAAGAAGAAUUUUCACACCGUUCCAUUUUGCCGACGAUACUUGGAUAGAAUCGGCCAGGAAAAGUAUCUACUUGGUCUUAAUACCCUUGUGAAGAGUGGUAUAGUUGAAGACUACCCGCCUUUGGUUGAUAAAAAAGGGUCGUAUUCGGCCCAAUUCGAGCAUACUAUCUUGCUCAGACCUACCGUAAAGGAGGUCAUUAGCCGCGGAGACGAUUACUGACUGAGAGAAAAUUCUCUCAGCUGUGGUACUUCCCCAAUUUAUCGAUCCUGGUAGAAACAUCAGCCGAUCGUAAGAUACAAGCAGAAUCUUGAAUCCCUUUCAUUCGCUACUUUCAUUUACAUAUAUUCGACCGUUAUUUUAUAUAAAAAUCAGUAAUGAUGCCCCGGGAUAUAACGUCUUUUAAGGUUGGCGGCACGUUAGCUGAUCUCACUUAAAAGAAAUGCCCAUAAACACAACCAAAAAAAGAUAAAAGGUGUAUAAAACGAGAUAAUCUCUUGAUAGCACACAGUCAUUACAAUACAAAAUUCAGUACAUCUUACACCUCGGAAAUAGGAGAUGCGCUAAUAAAUCGGAUUUGGUAAUUGAGUCAUCUCUAUGCUAAUCAAUGCAUGU